UGAGAGAAUUCCAUGUAUCCAAUGUACUUGCAUGUUUGUUGACAGAGUCUGACAAGGAAACUAACGCAGUCCCUAAUAAGAGCUGUAACCACCGUAAAUCAUGUCAGGGAAUAACAUAUGACAUUCGCGAGGCUGUGUGCUGUAAGGAUCAACUUCAUUCAGGGCAAGGACUGUCAUGUUGUGGAAGACAGCCUUACAACCCUGCUGCAGCCACUUGCUGCCAAGUAGGACGUGGAAGCACAUUAUCAGCCAAUGUAACACGGGAUGCAAGUGAAACCGUGUCAGCCUGCUGUGGCCUGGAGGCUUUCAACCCACUCAACCAAAUGUGCUGUGAUUCAACCAUUGUACCCAAACCUGUUCCGAUGGCCCAAUGUUGUGGAAAAAGGGCUUUUGAUGAGGAAAAGCAGAUGUGCUGUGGUCCAAUGCAAAACAAGAUGGUCCUAACAAGCAGGUCCAAUAACCACCGUUGCUGUUUUCACGAGCAGUUUGACAACAGGACUCAAUGCUGCUGUGAAAUAAGUGAUGGUCUCAAAAUACAACCCAAGAAUUCAACUUGCUGUGAGAAAGAGUCAGCUCUUGCUAAUGGUCAACUCAACAAAAUAUUGAAGGUGUCAAACGUUGUGACAAAAACUGUGCCAGACGCCCAGUAUUGUGAUAAAGAUUAUACUGAUACGGACACACACCUGUGCUGCGGUCCGGUUAAGAAGAAGAAGGUCCUGCUCAGGAAGUCCAUCCACCACAAGUGUUGUGGUCAGGAGCAGUAUGACAGUAAGACUGAGUGCUGUUGUGGGAAUGACGCUCUCCAGAUAAAUCCCAUCAAUUCGGUCUGCUGUGUGAACGAGUUAGGUGUGCGCCCGCAGAUACCGAUUCCUCAGACCAAGUGCACUGAGCCACACACACGCCUCUGUGGCUCAUCAUGUUACAACCCUCAUGAAUUACAGUGCUGUGAGAGAGAGAGUACAACACGUCACUUCGACUCAGGCGGAUGUGAUGCCACCCCCACAGUGUAUGACCCAAUCACACAAGUCUGCUGCGAAGGCUGUUUAUCAAAGAAGGAGCCUUCGAUAUAUCAAUGCUGUGGACAGACGGCGUACGGCUUUGCACAACGAAGAGUUCUUUGCUGUAACGGCACCUUGUACAAGGACAUAGAAGAUGGAGAGGAAUGUUCAGACACCAAUAUUCCUUUCAAUCCUACUAAAGGGACUCUAUGUUGUUCUCAGUUUCACAGCUCACCUGGACAACACUGCUGUGGGACAGAAACGUACAAGCCUCACUACGAAAUCUGCUGCGAUGGUCAUAGACAUCCUAAAGGUGAACACAGUUAUUGCUGUGGAAUUCACGCCUACAACAUUAAUGACCUGCACAUGAAGUGCUGUGCAGGGACACUCUAUAACCUGACAUCAUCAGGCAGCAACAGGAAUGACGCCCAUUGCUGUGGAUCCAUUCUUCAAAAGAACCAAGAUGUCUGCUGCUCAGGUGCGGAACAGGAGGUGCGCUACUCUAGGGAGAGAGGACACAGGUGCUGCGGUCACCUCUACUAUAACACCUCUCUGUGGUCGUGCUGUGCUGAGAAGCUGAGUCCAUGGCCUGUCCAGCAUGGAUCCCAUCUGUCAGUGAACAAUCUGAACACAAAAGAUCUUUGCAAAGAAAUGAAUAUCGGGACUGUGGAAAGUGUAUCUCUGCAAAGUGUCGUGUUCCGCGAUGUGCUGAAGAUUCACGCAGUGGACGGCACUGUUAAAGCUCUGGCGUCACCUUACAUCCUGAGAACACCUGAUCGUUGCAACAAACCUAAACUGAUCCUUGGCAGGACCUACUUCUUUGAUAAAGUUCAUGUCUUCCCUGGUUUCAUCCAUGAUCCUCCUUCGUUGCUCCAUUACAUUUAUUCCAAAUGUCAUCAUUUUUGACUGUGCGGUUUUUCUGCAUAGUUGAAUAGUUGAAUAGUAUCAUCAAUCAUCAUGUGGUUCUAUUUUCAGCAGUCGCACAGCGGAUGCUCCUAGCUAAGAGUGGGUGUAGAAAGAAUCUAAGUUAUUCAACCGCUCUUCAUCAAGAGGAAGAAGAAAGCCUUAAAUUGUUGCAUCUGACCUUGUGGGUAAUCUGAAGGAAAUGCAGACAUUAAGAAUAGUUUAUAGAAAAAGGCAAUUUUGUUGGUCAUUAACAGGCAGUCUUAUUAGAACGAGACUGUUUCAUAACCAGUUAUAAACUCUUUGUAGAGGCUUCACUGCAGCCUCUGGUCAGAUGGCAUCAUCACCGUUUCCGUUACAGACCACCCAACUUUGUUACUUAACUAGCAGCAUUAGCACUUUUAGUAUGAACAGCCAUGUAUGGGUUCCUACAGCGUGAAAAUAAGCCCUGUUUUUUAAAUGAUAAUGUAGGUGAUUAUGUUUUAAAAGAAAAACUGUUCUCAAAGACUAUGAACCUGCCUUUAUUUAACAUAUACAUUUAAGACCUCGAGCAGUAAAAGCUGUGUCCUCUGCUGAAAAGUUCAGUCUCCAAACUAAUGUUGACUUGAUCUAAGCUUAACAGCUAUCUGUGAAUACUUCUCAUAGUUACUCUUUAUUAGCUUGAUGCUAUUCUAAUUCUUAUAUUACUGUUUGUCUGCAUUUAUUGUUCCAUUUUAUUCUUAGUUGCAUUCAGAUUGAAUCACUUUUCAAAGAGAAUGUACACUAUUAUACAAAGUCAGAAGAAUCACGUUUGUAUUUCUACAUAUUCUAUUGCAUUCU